CACUGUAUGCUAAAGAGCUGAUAACACUGGAUACUAAAGAGAAUAUACAAACAGUAACAGGAAUAUCUGAUUAUAGGAAAUCAAGUCAAUUAGUGUCUGUGAUACAACAACAGUUGGAAUCCACUCUUAAUCCAGAUCAGUAUCUUAUUGAUAUAUGUCUUGUGUUAAUAAACCAACAACAUCAUACACUAACAGAUAUUGCUACCUCUAUAUUACACCAGUUAGGGUUUACAAAAUUUUAUAUCGAAGAUCUAAUAAAAUCAGGUACUCUAGAGAAGUGGUGUAAAGAAGGUAUCAUGACGCUGACACUUACUCGUGUACUCAUGAUUGGUCCUGCUGGAUCUGGUAAAACUUGUGCACAAAGUCUUCUACUUAAUGAAGGCCCACCAACGGGCAUACCAUCAGAAUAUGCUAGCUCAUCUAAGCCACCUACCCUUUUACAAUCUGACUCACAUACCAAUGCCCCCUCAACCACUACAACUCCAGUACUAUCAUCUGGUCUCACUCCUCAUUCUAUAGUCUCUAAACCUACCACUGACAGUACACCAAUAGCUUGUAAAGCUGUCAAAGCUCUUAGAAUAGCUUUUGAUGGUAAAGAGACAUGGAAGAGAAUUACUAGAGAUGAACUGCUGAAGAAAUUAGCAUCUAGUUUAAAAAAAGCUGCAGAAAAUGCUUUGCGAAGAAGGCAAAUAUCAGCUCAUCCACAUUUAGAAGAAUUAGAGGGUGCCAUGGAAAUUGAUUUAGAAGUACCACUAGAAGAUUAUGAUCCUGAAGAUGUACUUAAGGAAAUUGCUGAUCUUUUACCUAAUGCAGAAGCUCAGUUAAGUGAGAAGUGGGUGUACAUUGUUGAUUCUGGUGGUCAACCAGCAUUUCAGGAGCUGCUACCAUUGUUUACUAGAGCAGCUACUCUUAAUGUCAUCACGCUAGAUAUUUCAAAAGGCAUUGAUGAGGAGUUUGAGUUUAUGUAUCGAAUUAAUGGACGAGAAUUUCCAUGUGAUGGGGAAUGAAAUAUACAAAUCGUAAAAUAUUCAAUUCUGUUGUUUCAUCAGCAUCAGUUCAAAAACCAAUUGAUAUUGAAUUUGUGAAACUUCAGUCUAAACACUCAAUGUCUUUUGUCCUGGGUACUCAUUAUGAUGUACUGAUUGAAAG